GGAAUGUACUACAGAAGGCGAGUUCCCUUUCUCAAGUUAAACCCCGCCAAUGAUCUGCGUUGACUGACAUUUAUUCCACUAUUCCAGUACAUACUGCAUUUAUUCCUUCCCCCGUGAAAACAUCAGCUGCAUAUUCACGACUUCACGAACUCAAGUUUUAUUCAUUCAUUCAUUCCUGCCUUGGUUAUCUUCACCUUACGAUACGUCCAUAAAACAAAGAUUGAUCCUAGACCUAAAACCUAGACUUUAACGUACAUACAAAAACCGUAGUUAGAAAUAUCGCAAAGAUGGCUCAAUCGACAGCCCACCGCCGGCUCCUCCAAGAGUAUAAGAUGCUAACUAACAACCCUCCUGAUGGUAUUACGGCCGGUCCAGUUAGCGAGGACGAUAUGCUUCAUUGGGAAGCCCUAAUCCAAGGCCCCGAAGGAACACCCUUCGAAGGUGGCGUCUUCCCUGCCGAACUCAGGUUCCCCAAAGACUACCCAUUGGCACCACCCAAGAUGUCCUUUCUGGGCGAGAUCUUCCACCCCAAUAUCUACCCGAGCGGCCUAGUCUGCAUCUCUAUCCUACACCCGCCCGGAGACGACCCAAACCACUAUGAGCACGCGUCGGAGAGAUGGAGUCCUAUCCAGUCGGUGGAGAAGAUCCUGAUAUCUGUCAUGAGUAUGCUAGCGGAGCCCAACGACGAGAGCCCGGCCAACGUCGAGGCGGCUAAGAUGUGGCGGGAGAACCGCGCGGAGUACGAGAAGAAGGUGCGAGAUGGCGUCCGACACAUGCUUGGCCUCUAGUGGGGAGAAAAGACAUCACCCUCCGUCACCAAGCUUAUAAAAACAAUGCCUCAUCGCCAGGUUAUCCAAGAGGUCGCCGGUGCCAUCGAGUUCUAUACGCUACCCCGACCAGAAGAAUGGUAUCAUAAGGUAGACCAUUGAAUGGACAUACUCACGACAUGGCUCUGAACCGGAUUCCAUCAUGAGAUUAUGAUAAUAGGGGAUAAGGAUGUAAGAAUAGGCCUCAAGGCGAAAGAGAUUCUUCUUACAAUGGAGCGACCAAGGAUAGCGGAAUAGCAGGACAGUCGACCUGUUACCUUUUUGAUAAUGACGCAUAGCGAAGGUGUUCGGGUUGUGUCUUUACAUAAAUUACAUACACAAACAAGAUUACUACUAGGAUCUCAAGGACCACUAAGU